CAGAUCCGGGGAUGGAGGGAGCCGGAGAAGAGGAGUGAGAAGGCUGGGGAGGAGGCCCUGCUGACCUCCUGGAGGCUGGCAAUCUGCUGGCUGUAGAGGACCAGGCCACCCAGGAAAGGAAGGGGUCAGGAGGUCGAGCCGAGUCUUAGCAAGCUCAGAUUCGGUUGAGGGAGGGAGCUGCAGGCGCUCUGUAGUUCAGGGCUCGGCCUGCUUGUGGUUGUCCAAAGUUAAGAGCUAGGUUGAAGCCCUCUGGUUAGAAAAGUGAGUUAGAACCCGGUGUCAGGGCGCGACCUAGACGCUCCAAAGCCAAGUUAGGAGAAGGGCGUACGGAUCUUUUGGGUGUCUGAGAAACUGAGGGGGCAGGGGGCUUCAGGUUCUCCCAUUCCCAAGCCGGAUUGGCGAGUUAAACGCUUGUAGAUCCAAAGUUGGAUUGGGGUGGGGUCUCUGGGACGUUGGCUCGCUAGGCAAGGAUUGGGGGGAUUCAGGUGCUUAGAGAUCGAAGCCAGGUCCUGGGUAGGGGGAGUCAGACAAUUGGAAAAUCUAGGUGGUUAUUUGGGGAGGGGUCUUUGCGCCUUGGCGGAGCGCAAAGCUGCGCCUUUUUGGCUUGAGGCCUAGGGCCUUGUCAAGAGAGGCUUCUGUGAAAGGGUGGGCCGGCUAGGCCAGACCAAGAGAAAGAAAGUGAAUAAAUCAGGGCUAUAGGGGGGGAGGGGACCCUGAAAGGGGGGCCACAAAGGGUGAGACAUGGCCACCAGGCGUUUAACCGACGCUUUCUUGUUGUUGCGGAAUAAUUCCAUCCAAAACCGGCAGCUGUUAGCCGAGCAAGUGAGUAGUCACACCACCUCCAGUCCUCUGCAUUCACGUAGCAUUGCUGCGGAGCUGGAUGAGCUGGCUGAUGACCGAAUGGCCCUGGUGUCAGGCAUCAGCCUAGACCCAGAAGCAGCAAUUGGUGUGACAAAACGGUCACCUCCGAAAUGGGUGGAUGGAGUAGAUGAAAUACAAUAUGAUGUUGGCCGAAUUAAACAGAAGAUGAAAGAAUUAGCCAGCCUUCACGACAAGCAUUUGAACAGACCCACCCUGGAUGACAGCAGUGAGGAGGAACACGCCAUUGAGAUAACCACCCAGGAGAUCACACAGCUCUUCCACAGGUGCCAGCGUGCUGUGCAGGCCCUGCCAAGUCGGGCCCACCGGGCCUGCUCAGAGCAGGAGGAGCGACUGCUGAGGAAUGUGGUGGCCUCUCUAGCGCAGGCCCUGCAGGAGCUGUCCACCAGCUUCCGGCAUGCACAGUCGGGCUACUUGAAACGCAUGAAGAAUCGAGAGGAAAGAGCCCAGCAUUUUUUUGAUACAUCAGUACCACUAAUGGAUGAUGGAGACGAUAAUACUCUGUGCGACCGGGGCUUCACGGAUGACCAGUUGGCGCUGGUGGAGCAGAGUACACUGAUGGUGGAGGAGAGGGAACGCGAGAUCCGUCAGAUUGUGCAGUCCAUUUCUGACCUGAACGAGAUCUUCAGGGACUUAGGAACCAUGAUUGUAGAGCAGGGUACGGUCCUUGAUAGAAUUGAUUACAACGUUGAACAGUCCUGCAUCAAAACCGAAGAUGGCUUGAAACAGCUCCACAAGGCAGAACAGUACCAAAAGAAGAAUCGGAAGAUGCUUGUGAUUUUAAUAUUAUUUGUCAUCAUCAUUGUCCUCAUUGUUGUCCUCGUCGGUGUGAAGUCUCGCUAGUGGUGCUGGGUUCUCAUGCGUGCUGCUGUGGAUUCCCAUUCCCGGUGUGAGGGCUCAGCCUCGGCCCUUGCCCCACCACUGCCGCCCCCACUGCUGUCUGCAGAGUGCAGCUGCAGGCCUCGGCCUUGGGCAGCAGAGGGACCUUCCUGUGGAUGCCUCCUUGCUGCCCUGCUUAGGUGCAGGCAUGGGCCUGUGUUUUUCAUCAUCGUCAGGCAUAUAAGGACCUUGAUGCUGUUGCAGAAUGGAGAUUGAUUGGUUCUGUG